AUGGCGUUUUUGUUCAAGUCGAAAAAAAGUCAACAGGGGUCCGCGCUGCCUCCGGCCAGCAGACAUGUUCACACCUCGGAGGGCGCCCCCUCGGCUGGCGGUCCACCCCCGGCCAUGAACGGAGUGAAAGAUGGAAAUGCGUUUGCGCAACAGACACCAACGACGAGCAGCAGCUACAACAGCUCCCUCAACUCAGCCGCCAGUCCCACCAACUCGGAUCCGAUUCGGGUACGGCAACGAGCCGAGUCAGAGUCACAGGUUCAAAGGCCACCGCAUCAGCCUCCAUUGAAUGGAGUCGCCCCGGCAGGCGCAAACGCCUCAUUAUACCCGUGGUCGCAACGGCGCCUCAACUUUCCCGCUCCACAAGCAAACCCGUUCCCACGAUAUGGAGCCGCGAUCAAUGCGGUCGCGUCCAAGGAGGGCGACAUCUACAUGAUGGGAGGUCUCAUUGACGGAUCAACUGUCAAGGGCGAUCUGUGGAUGAUUGAGAGCAGUGGGGGUAGUCUGUCCUGUUUUCAAAUCGCAACCGUAUCCGAGGGACCAGGACCUCGAGUCGGUCAUGCGAGUCUCCUGGUUGGCAAUGCCUUCAUUGUGUUUGGCGGUGAUACGAAGAUCAACGAGACCGACGCCUUGGAUGACACACUAUAUCUGUUGAAUACUUCCUCUCGUCAAUGGUCUCGUGCCAUUCCUCCUGGGCCCCGCCCCUCAGGCCGUUACGGCCACACUCUGAACAUUCUUGGUUCCAAACUCUACGUCUUUGGUGGUCAGGUGGAAGGCUUCUUCUUUAAUGAUCUGAUCGCCUUUGAUCUGAAUCAAUUACAAAACCCUACCAACAAGUGGGAAUUACUGGUCCAAAACAGCCACGAAGGCGGUCCCCCGGAAGGCGAAAUUCCACCGGCGAGGACGAACCACACGCUGGUCAGCCAUAAUGACCGACUGUAUCUUUUCGGAGGCACCAAUGGGGUCAAAUGGUUCAAUGAUGUGUGGACGUUCGAUCCGCGAGUGAACAGUUGGACGGAGCUUGACUGCGUCGGCUUUAUCCCCACCCCACGCGAGGGCCAUGCGGCUGCACUUGUCAAUGACGUGAUGUACGUCUUUGGAGGCCGAACCGACGAAGGAAUCGACCUGGGGGAUCUGUCUGCUUUCCGUAUCACGAGCCGGCGAUGGUAUUCUUUUCAAAACAUGGGCCCAGCGCCCUCUCCACGGUCAGGACACAGUAUGACGGCAUUUGGGAAACAAAUCAUCGUCAUGGCGGGGGAGCCUAGCUCGGGAACCAGGGAUCCGAUAGAGCUCAGUACGGCCUACAUACUUGACACAGGAAAGAUCAGAUACCCCAAUGACUCCCAGUCGAGCGAGCGUGGCGCUGUUCCGGCUGGCCGGAAAAUCAGCACGGACAAACAGAUGAUCACGUCGGGCCGAACUUCACGGGAGGCUCAGAAUGCCACUCCCGAUCAGCUGCGCCGCGGGCCCACUCCUUCGCGAGAAAGCAGUGCUCAAGGUCCAAUGACCAAGCCCGGAGAGCUCGGCCCCAGUCCUAAUAUGGGACCAGGGUCAAGGCUCCCACGAGCAUCAAUUGCUCAGGCACCUGCUGGACCCCCACCACCGGGUCAAGCACCGUCCCCUGGCCCUCGCGCGAACGGCGCGCAACCUGCACCCGUCCAAACCAACCCCCGCAGCAAGACGCCCACGAAGAAUGAGCGUGGCUUCACACCUACGGUUGAUGUGCGUGCAGCAAACGCUGAUCGGGAUGUGGAAUCACCCGUCGCCAAAGACAUUUCCACCAACACAGGGUCGCCCGGUCCACGGACGCCGACCCAGCCAUCACAGAAAGUCAGUGCCAAGGCCAUGGAAGCUGGCGAGGCCGCGCCAAUGAUGACACCUGCCCGUCAACGGUCACUGCGUCAAAGUCGCCAGCGAGGUUCAAUGGACAGUGGAGAUGAAUCUGUUCUUAGUCGUCGCGUUGCCAGCAUUGAUGGCUCCAUCGAGUCCCGAAGUAUCCGCGGAUCUCGCACGCCUGCGGAGGAACCGCGAUCCCCUCGCUUGACUGCGCACCACGAAUCUCUGAUCAAGGAGCUGGAGGCGGCCAAGGCCCGUAAUGCGUGGUAUGCGUUCGAGUUGUCACUAGCCAAGAAGGCCGGCUACGUUUCCAACUCAGCAACCAGCCCUGUCAUGGAUGAGCGUAUCAACGAAGUUGUUAACGACGAAGAUCGGCCAUUGGUUGAGGCAUUCUUAGCUAUGAGGGCAGAGUUAGCCAAAAUGCAGGCUACCGUCGAUCGCCAAGCGGCAAUUGCCUCCAAGCGUAUCGCGGAAGUUGAGCACCAACGAGACGUCGCCGUAACCGAAGCAGCAUACUCCCGGACGAGACUUGCUGCUCACGGCGGUAGCCAACGCGGUACACCACAGCUCGAUGCAUCACGCGACGGGGAAGAGGAGCGACCAAGUGACAUGAGUCGCCGUCUUGCUGCCGCUCUUGCAUCUCAAACCGAGCUCAAAACCAAGAUAGACGCCCUGACCAGUGAACUAGAGCAGGAACGGCAAGCGAAGGACCUCGCGGAAGACACUAUUGAAGCUACUCGGAAACGUCUCGCGGAGUUGGAGAUGUCUAACAGUACGUUGGAAGCGGAGAAUCUACGGGCUGAAUUGCACAAGGCAGAGGCCACAGCUCGAGAGGAGGCUCUGCUUCGGGCAGAGGCAGAGGCUUCCUUGAAACAGCUCAUCAUUGACAAAGAGGAGCUCAUGAAUCACGCCGAGGAGUCAUCUGGUCGCCUAAAGGACUUUAGUACCAACUUCGAUGGCCUGCGCGAAGCCGUUGCUGCUUCCACCGCCAAGACAGCCAUUGUAGAGAAGCAGCUGCACGAAGAGCGUGAACGUCGGGAAGGUCUCGAACGCAAGUUGUUGCAGCUCCGUUCAGAAUACGAAGAACAGACAACAGAGCUAGAAAAUAUCACCCGCCGACUGCGCGAUGCCGAGGAACUCGCGGAAAUUUCAGCCAAGGAGGCCGAAACACACAAAUUUGCCUUUGUCUCUGGUCUCGAGCGCGCUGCUUCAGUGGACUUGGAGAAUUCGUUCAGGUCCCGCGCGGACCAACGUGUUGCAGCUUUGGAGGCGCAGGUCGAGCGAUCUACUGCUCUGGCCAAGUCUAAUCAAGCGGCUGCCGAUGCCGCUGCAGACAAGCUGCGUCGUGCCGAGGAGAGAAUUGCAGGACUCGAGGCUUACCAAGAACAGGCCAGCCGCGAAGGACUGCAGCUUCGAAGACAGUUACAGAACGCCCUUAAGGAGUCCCAGGCUGCGACUACGGAGAGCCGAGAGUUGCGCGCUCAACUCGAGACGCAUCAGCGUGAUGCGAAUGCCCUGAACGUCCAGCAUGCCGCAUUGAAGGACCUUCUCGGUGAACGGGGAAUGAGCACCGAAAGUAGACGAUCUCCUCGACUUGAAUCGCCCGGAUCUCGCUUUGGUACUCCGGAGCAAAGCCGUUUGCGUGAACUUGAGCAGCAGCUAUCUAAUAGCCUCAAGGCCCACGAAGACCUCAAGAGCUCCUUCGAAGUGCGUGAGCAAGAGGCUGAUCGCGCGUUCCGCGAGAAGUUGGAGCAGUUGGAGAAUGACUAUCAGUCGGCCGUGCACUAUGUCAAGGGCACUGAGAAGAUGCUGAAGCGGAUGAAGGACGAGCUCAGCCGCUACAAGUCCCAAAAUGCCAAGCUUCAAUCUGAAGUGGAAGCUUCCCAGAAGAGCUCUGAUGAAGAUCAGUUGGCUGGGGCCGCUGCUCCUGACUGGGAGGCCGAGCGUGCGCACUUGCAGAAGUCCAUUUCUGACUUGGAGGCUAACACUUCAUCUUCGCUCCAGAGUCUGGAGACUCAAAUCUCCGAGCUGCAGGUUCAGCUUCGUGAAGCUGAGGCCGAGAAAGAUCAGGCGAAGGCAAACUACGAGCGUGCUCAACGGGAACUUGAGGAGGCUGCCAACCUCAGCCGUGCAGAGCUGGAGCAGCUCAAGAAAGAAAACGUCCACCUUGAAAGCCGCGCCACUGACGCAGAGCAAAAAGUCAAUCUGCUUUUGGAGCAGGUUGAAACUUCGGUGGGUCACUACCGCCGUCAGUCCCACUUGAGUCAAGGACCGAAUGGCAUCUCUCGCACCCACAGCAACGCCUCCAGUAACACCAUCGGCGGCCGUGCCCGUGCCGACAGCACGUUGUCCCAAGACUCUGCUGCUUUCCCAGAUAAUCGUGGAUCCAUGGCUCUCGAUUCCCUGGCUAACGAGCUCGAGGCUCUUCGUUCCCAUUGGGAGAGCACCAACCGCAACUAUCGUUUGAGCAGCCAGCUGGAUCUAGAACGGACGCCUACCAAAGAUACCAGCGAUGGUCCGGCUGCGAUGAGUGAUAGCCUGGCGGAAUGGCGCAGACGAUUGGACGAGGAAGAACGUACUGGCAACACCAAGACCAAGACCGAGGCCCCCUCAAAUAUGAUCUAG